AUGUAAUAACCUGCAGAAGAAUUAGAUUAAUUUAUACAAACCUUAAAUAAUUAAUCAACCAUUCCCUUCCUACAAUAAGCCCUCACGUAGGAUCAAUUGCUGGCACAAAAUGCUAGACUGCUCUAGCAAUUACAUGAAUAGUAGAGGAUGCUGAAUUUGCAAAGUCUAUUCACUUAGAAUGUACUGCAGAACAACUUCAUAAAUUCAUAAAUCACUCAAGAAAGCAAAAAGAUCAAGAAGACCAAAUCGACACUCCAGAGAAUUCAAUCUAAUGCCAGUAUAAAAGAACAGACCCCUUAAAUACAGGAAAUUAAGGGUAACGUCAAAAAUGCCUACAUCAAAAAAAUUACCUCCUUGCUCAGUGUAGAAGGCGAAAAACUCUUGGAUGAGGAAUUGCAGGAGGAUUUACAAGGAGACAGUUCAUCAGAGGAAGUAUCGAAGGAAUAGAAAUUCGGUUUGGCCGGACUCUUGGGAUCUGCGAAUGAUUUGUUGACUGCUGAGUCAAAGAAUAAGCGAUUAAGGCAAAGUGCUAAGAAUUCACGUUUACGAAAGAAGGUGUAUUUGAAGUUAUUGGAGAAGAAGGUUUCAGAUUUGGAUUAAAAAAUACAGGAAUAUAAAAAAACAACAAGACAGUCUUUUGAGUAUUUGACUUAACUGCUCACUUCCCAUCCCAUUCUAAACAGCAUGAUCAUUGGGAAUUCCAAUGCCAUUGAUCAAAUUAUAUAAUGCAGAUAAUCUGAUUAGGCUUAGCUUAUUUUAGAUUCAUAUUUGGUAUUCAUGGCUAUUAACUAUUAGAUGAGGUAUGGUACCUGUGGAAUCAAAAGGAGAGACUAUUUUAAAUAUGCAGUUAAAAAUAUACAGAGGAAUUUCUUAAAAGGAAAUUAUGGUUUGCAACUGAUUAGUUUCAAUAAGGAUGUUAAGAAUUGUACUAUUGUGUUUGAUAUCAUUUUAGAUGACGACGAAUUCAAUACCUACGUUGAAAUAGUAAAAAAACAAACCAAAUUAGAUGACGAGAAUUUGAUUUAUAAAAAAGAUAUCCUAAUAGUAUUCUCAUCUGUUAUAAGUAGAUUAUUAUUAAAGUUCAAUACAGAAAUGAAAAGGUUGAAAUUAAUUCAAUAAGAAGUAGAGGAGAAUGUCAACUAAUUCACCUAAUAAUUAACUCCCCUCCAGUAAAUUGAAUUGAUCAAAGGAGUGGAGAAGUUAGCAACUUUCAAUAGGUCACUCAGAUGA